AUGUAUCACCGCUGGAUUUUCAUAUUUUUGAUGUUAUUCAAUUUCAUAUUUUGCCAACAAGAAAAUGAUCCAGCUCCGCCAAUGAAAUCCGAUAAAUUUUUCGAAUAUGCCACCCAACCACCAACAACAAAAACACCAAUUAUGUGAGUUUUUCGGGCGGCAAAUUUGAUUAGAUUUGAUUUUUUCUGAAUGGGGUUCGUUUAGAUUUCAAUUUCAACUUCUUCAAGUUGAUGAGAGAUCAUAAAAAACAUAACAUCCACCUAUUUUUCUGCGAAUAAAAAAAUAAAAGAACAAAAAAACCAUAUGUCAAAUCGAAUAAGUCAUUUUCGAUAAAUAUGAAUAUUUAUGAUGUAUAGGAAAAAAGUAAAGGAUAUUUUUUGAGACGUAUUUUUUCCUGCUCAUGGGUUAAAAUUUCCAAACGCCCUAUGAUCAUAGUUAGAAAAAGUUCGAAAAAACACAAACACACACUAAUCUUUUUAUCAUUACCAAUUCAGCUUUUCUUCUUCGGUUUUGGCCUUUUUUUUUGUUAGGUGUUUGAUCAGAAAUUAGUUUUUUUUUCGUUUGUUCGUCUUUGGACAAUGAUGGAACCCUGUGGUGAGAGCAAAGUUGUUGAAACAAUGUGAAACACAAGUUUUGAAUGAAAUAAGGAAAUCGGAAAUAGAGUACGAAAAACGGGAGGGGUACGGUGGAUAUUUUGACGUAAAAAUGAGAUGUGGAAAAGCUGGAGUGUCGUUUGAACUGCCUGUUCAAAUUCCAAUUUUAGAUCAAAAUUCAAAUUUUCUGAUUUUUCUUUCCUUCCAACUCUAAUUAAUUAAAUGAAUUCCUCACUCGCUUGCAAAAAAUAAAAAUUCCAACUAAUUUUCUCCCUUUCUCUGAUCUGAAAAACAAGACUUUUCUCAUUUCAAAAAUGAAAAGAAAAAGUUUUUUUUUUGAAUAAUAAAUCCUUCUUCUCAUAUCCCUUCCUAUUUUGUAUAUAUUUAAUAAAAAGAUAGGAAAAAAAGAAAAAUUAUUUUUUUUGCUUGCUCCGAGAAAAGAAGAAAAACAACCCUUUUGAUGAUUUGAAUUGAAAUUAAAAAUAAAAUAAGAGAGAGAGAGCUGAAAAGAAGAAGAUAUUUCUUAACUGACUCAGGAAAAAAGGGACCAACCAAAUAUGUAUCUGUGUUGUUUUCUUCUCCAAAAGAAGUACACAAAUGAGGCUUAUUGGAUUAAUUAUAUAACAAAUAUCUAUAAACAAAUUACUUCGAUAUUCUUCUCUCUCUCUUUUUUUUUCUGUGUUUUUUUGUUGCUCAGAAAAACAAUCAGGCAAAAAAAAGAAAAUACUUACACUUUUUUGGAGAAAAAAGUCCUUGAGACCCUUUGAUAAUUGGAGAAGCGAAGAAAACGGAAAGACGACACAAUUUUUCGUGUGUUUUUGUUUUUUUUUUUGAGGAGGAGGAGGGGAAGGAAAUUGGGGGAAGCGUGAUUUGGCGCGAGAAAUCCACGUGGGUUUCGAGAAAAUUUAAAAGCGGUAAAACAGCUAGUUCGGUUGACCGAGACCACCCACGAAGCCUCUGACUUACAAAACUGCUCUAAACUUGAAUAAAUCCAAAGAUAGAUUAUGAAAGUUCAAAUCCUACUGUACGCAAAAAAGCGGUUGCAUUUUCGGAUUUCAUUUUCAAACUUUUUCACAAAAUUUAAACGUGGACUCGCCGAAAAUUACCGAACAAAAUAAUAGUUUUUUUUCAGAAACACUGAUCGAAUUUUGGAAUACAAUGUUAGUCAAUUGUUAUCGAAACUUGUGGCAAGUCAUGAUCGAAGAAUUCGACCAAAUUAUGGAGGUGACUAUCUUUUUUCAUUUUAAUUUCAAAAUUCAAAUUUCUCGCGCGAGCUCCAAAAAUAGAUAGAUCAAAUGGAAUUUUUUAUGGCUCCAAAUUGUUUUUUUUAUCACUUCUCUUCUCCAAACUUUUUUAUGCGCAUCACAACUGAGGUCAAAAAUUGAAUUUAUUCCGCUCCGCCGUCGUUUUUUUGGCUUUUUUUGACGAGUUAUGCAACUUUUUUCCUGAAAAAACAUUUUUGAAAGAAUGGGGGAAAAAGGCGGGGGAGAUUUAGAUUUGAAAAGUUUUAUUGUCAGUCAAUUUUUGUUUGAAAAGGGAGAAAAAUUGAAAAAAAAAGAAAAAGAAUGUGGUUUGAUGUGAGAUCAAAAAGGGUGCAAAAUUUGAAGGGGCGGCAAAAUUAGGGAUUUUUAAAAUAGAUUUAAUCUAAAUAGGGCUGAUUCACGAACGAAAAAAAUGUUUAAAAAUGUUUUUUUAACAUCGAAAGAUCAAUUCACGAAAAGUCAAAAAAUGUCGAAAAAACAUUGUAGGUCAAAAUUAGUUUUUCGAGUUUUUCAGCCAAAAAUGAUGACAAAUCAAUAUUUUUCAAGCUUCUGGUGUGAUUUCUGAUGAAAAUUGACCUUGGAAUUCACUUUCCAGAAGGUUUUGCUGAUUUUUCGUAAAAUAAAAAAUUUUAAAUUUUGAUGAAUUUCGAAAAAAUUCAUAAAAUAAAGCAAAAUAGGGUUCUCGAAGCUUAUUUUCAUCAGAAAUUACUCCAGAAGCUUAAAAAAUCUCGAUUUGUCAUCAUUUUUGGCUGAAAAACUCAAAAAACUAAUUUUGACCUACAAUGUUUUUUCGACAUUUUUUGACUUUUCGUGAAUUGAUCUUUCAAUGUUAAAAAAACAUUUUUUUCGUUCGUGAAUCAGCCCUAAUCAUCCAUUUAGGUUUAAAAUGAGGAGGACCAGAAAUUACGAGUUUUGGGCUGACCAGAAGUUUCAAAAUCAGGAUUCAAAUUCAGCUACAGUAUCCCAUAGAGUAGUUGUUGUGAUACCUUAAGAUGAUUUCUAAAUACGAUAUGGUUACUGUAAAAAAAAGCGUGAGUGUAAAUCGAAUUUAAAGGGACAUAGUGUACUUUUGAAUCAAGCUACAAUACUUGCUCGUUCCGCUCAAUAAAAAAUCUAGACUCAAAAAACAUCAUAAAGAUUCACAGAUAUGUUUUAUGUAACUAUGUACGUGGAAUUUUCAAUCUUCAAAUUUUUUUCUCAUUUUCCAGGUCCACCAAUCGAAGUGAAUAUAACAGCUCACGUGACAACAAUCAGUGCAGUUUCGGAAGUUUCAAUGGAUUAUACACUCGAUUUAUAUCUUCGACAAAUUUGGAAAGAUCCCAGAUUAUCUUGGGAAUCUGAUGUUGAAGAUUCGCUGACAAUUGGUAUUGAAAUGGUCAAAUCCAUCUGGACACCUGACACUUUUUUUCCGAAUGAGAAAAAAUCAUUUUUUCACGAAGCGACUUCGCAUAACUCAUUUUUGAGAAUUGAUAGUCAUGGAAAUGUUUUGAGAAGUAUUCGAUUGACUGUAACUGCUAAUUGUCCGAUGAGUUUGCAUACGGUAAGUGGAAUUGGGUCAAAAGAACAUGGGAUACUGUAGCUGAAUUUAAAAGCUGCUCUCAAACCGAAUUUUCGGAUUUUUGAUCUACUCAUAAAAAAUUAGAGAAAUAGAAAAACUAGAAGACAAUAUUGAAGCCAAGUUCUUUCCCCACUUUAAGACCUUUCCUAUUCACUUUUUAUUUUUUUCAGUUUCCAUUGGACAAACAAGAAUGUGCAUUGGAAAUCGAAAGUUAUGGUUAUUCAACUCGUGAUAUAAUCUAUCAUUGGCAUCAAGAAAAUGCGGUGACAAUUGAUGAAAAUGUGCAUUUAGCACAUUUCACAAUUGGAGAACACAAAAUUGUUGAGCGAGUUAUCUCAUUAUCAACUGGAAAUUAUUCGAGACUCACCGCUUUUUUCACUUUCAAAAGGAAUAUUGGUUUUUAUUUGAUUCAAAUCUAUUUUCCGUCGAGUUUGAUUGUUGUUAUUUCGUGGGUUUCGUUUUGGUUGAAUCGAGAAGCUGUUCAAGCGAGAGUUGCGAUUGGUAAGUUGAAAAAAUGGGCUGGAUGGUGUUAGGCUCAAAAUCUUUUUCAAAAAUUAAAAGACUGAAAUUCUGCAAAACCUUUUUUUUGCAUUUUUUGAUGCCACAAAAUUAUUUGAUCCAUCAAAAAAUGUGAACACUAAAUGAAUAAUUCAACCCCUAAUACAUAAUUACAUCUAUCAAAGUGCGAAUAUUCACAGACUUAUGUCACGAACACGAACAUUUAUAUUUUUGACGCCAAAAAUAUUAAUUAGGGGAUUUUUAGAGCUGGAAUGUCCAUCUGGAAAAUUGAGAUUUUGGGAUUGAGAAAUUGAAGAAGAAGGUAUCGAAAAAAAAUCAUACAAAUUAGAAAAUACAGAAAUUUUGAAACAGUGAAGUUUUUUUGAGAAGAAAUAUUUUUCAAGUACCAAAUUUCGUCACGUGGCACAGAUUUUAGAAAAAUUACCAACAUUUUGAAACGUAUUUUUUUGGACAAAAAUUAUUUGAAUUGAACUUCCGGUGAAAAGUUAUUUAUUGCAUCACAAAUGGUGUACAACAAAUAAGUAUUAGAAAUUAACAAAAAGAUAAAUGAAUAAUUCGAACACAGUUUAACUCGAAGUUAUUUUUUUAAUAUCCAAAUUACCACCCAAAAAUUACGUCAAAUAUCUUUUCAAUAAUAGAAGGGGUGUUAGUUGGGGCCACAAUCAUAGCUACACUGCUCCACAAAAAGAUAACCUCACCCCUCAUUUUUCAAAAAAAUCGAAAAUUUGAAUUUUUCGAAAAAAGUUUGUUUUUGAAAAACAUGUCAAAUUCGGAUACUAAUUCAUCCCUGAAAACAAAUUUCAGAUUUGGUAAGCGCUGAAAAAAAAAUUGAGAAUUUUCAAAAAAGCCGAUUUGCCAAUCCACAUAAUGAUAACCUCACCCCAUGUUUUUUGACGAAUUCGGACUUUUUAGUCGGAGUUAGUCACCCAAAAUGUGUUAAUGUGUGGUUGGUGAGUUUUUAAUCUUAAAAAACCCAGUGCCACGUUUCCAACAAGUUGUGAGCAUCAGAUUUGGAGCAUUGCGAUGUAAAUAGCAUUUUUCAAACAUUUUAUACAGAUGUUGCUAUUUUUUCAUUUUUUUUUCAAUGUUUGACGUUCAAGACGAUCCAAAUGAUCUGUUUUAAGCUCAUUAUGGUAAAAAAAUUGGAAAACAUUGAAAAAAAAGAAGAAAACAAUCGAGAUGCGAAUUUUGAAUUUCGCGCUGAUUGAAUAUUUGGAGCACCCACGACGUAAACUUUUGAAAAUUACUGUUUUUUUUUGUUUUUCAAAUUGUUUUCUAAUGAUCAAUACUUUUCUAACAUCCCACAUCAAAUUUUCAUCCAAAAUGCCGCGAGGAAAGCCUCUCUCUGAUUUUGAAAAAGGGCAAAUUACAGCCAAAAAAGAUCAACGACUUUCAAAUCGACAAAUCGCAAGAAAUUUAGGCCGUAGUCCACGAGUUAUCAAUAAUUAUGUUAACGAUCCGCGAAAUUAUGGCACCGGAAAAUGUCCUGGUCGUCUGAGCUUUCGAUUUGUCGAUUUGAAAGUCGUUGAUCUUUUUUGGCUGUAAUUUGCCCUUUUUCAAAAUCAGAGAGAGGCUUUCCUCGCGGCAUUUUGGAUGAAAAUUUGAUGUGGGAUGUUAGAAAAGUAUUGAUCAUUAGAAAACAAUUUGAAAAACAAAAAAAAACAGUAAUUUUCAAAAGUUUACGUCGUGGGUGCUCCAAAUAUUCAAUCAGCGCGAAAUUCAAAAUUCGCAUCUCGAUUGUUUUCUUCUUUUUUUCAAUGUUUUCCAAUUUUUUUACCAUAAUGAGCUUAAAACAGAUCAUUUGGAUCGUCUUGAACGUCAAACAUUGAAAAAAAAUGAAAAAAUAGCAACAUCUGUAUAAAAUGUUUGAAAAAUGCUAUUUACAUCGCAAUGCUCCAAAUCUGAUGCUCACAACUUGUUGGAAACGUGGCACUGGGUUUUUUAAGAUUAAAAACUCACCAACCACACAUUAACACAUUUUGGGUGACUAACUCCGACUAAAAAGUCCGAAUUCGUCAAAAAACAUGGGGUGAGGUUAUCAUUAUGUGGAUUGGCAAAUCGGCUUUUUUUGAAAAUUCUCAAUUUUUUUCAGCGCUUACCAAAUCUGAAAUUUGUUUUCAGGGAUGAAUUAGUAUCCGAAUUUGACAUGUUUUUCAAAAACAAACUUUUUUCGAAAAAUUCAAAUUUUCGAUUUUUUUGAAAAAUGAGGGGUGAGGUUAUCUUUUUGUGGAGCAGUGUAGCUGAGAAUAUUUAGAUUCAGAUUGAAAUUUUUCUUUUGGAGUCGAGUAUUUAUAUCAAUUAAAAAUGAGAAAUAUUACAUAUUCUUAUCAAAAGUGGCACAAUAAAUGUCAAUUGGUCAUAAGGGUUUUCCAAAACAGAAAUAUUUCAUAAGAAAGAUGUAUGCUUUUGAUUUUUGAAAAAAAAGAAUUCCGGUCCAAAAAAUGCCACGUGUCUAUUUUUUCAGGUGUUACAACAGUUUUAACAAUGACAACUCUGAUGACAAGCACAAAUGCAAGUUUGCCGAAAGUUAGUUAUGUCAAAAGUUUGGACAUUUUUCUUGGUGUCUGCUUUUUUAUUGGUGAGUUUGCACCAUUUUUUUGCGCCAAUACAAAUAUAAUUAUUUCUUCAGUUUUCGCCUCACUUUUGGAAUAUGCUGCAAUUGGAUAUUUGAUGAAACGAAAUCGAAAUGUUCCAGAAGCCUCUCCGGUACAGUACUACGAGACAGGUACGGUAUUGAAAGUUUUAAACUACAGUAAAGUACAGUACACCCUUUGUAGAAGAGUUUUUCGAACUCGAAAAACAUCCGAAUUUUAUUCGGGGUUUUGUGGAUUUUUGUGAGUUUCUCAUUUCAAUGCCUUUGCUGCUUUAUUCGGUUUUUUCCCAGCCAGUCCCAAGAAAAUGCCACGUGGAAAAAAAUUGAAAAAAAUAUUUAAAAAUUAUUUUUGCAGGCGAUGGUGUUUUGAAACGAGAAGCGAGUGAAAAAGGUGGAAGAAAGAGGAGUCGAAAUCGAAGACAAAGUUUGAAGGUGGGUACUUUUUGCCACGUGGCAGAACAUUUUUGAAUAAGCUUAAAAUUGUAAUUUUUUGAAAUUAUAUGGGGAUUCAAUCUUACUGAAAAUUUAUUUUACGAAUAAAAAAAAUCUGAAAUAUAGUUUUUAUGAAUUUUCGUAAGUUUUGAUGAAAGAAACGUUCACUAGAUGAAUUGUGUACUUUUAAAUUCAGACACAGUAUCCCAUGCUCCUUUAAAUUACUGUAGAUUGGUGCGAUAUCUUGAGAAGAUCAUUUUGAGUCUAAAUACCAUAGGGUUACUGUAGCGACAUCGGUUCACGCGGAGCGAGUGUAUGUCCCUUUAACUUUGCCUACAGUAUCCCACAUUGCCACGUGGAAUUUCGGCACUGAAAAUCCUUGUUUUUUUUCUGUUUCUGGCGCCAAAAGUACAUUGCCGGUGGACGAGAAUUUCUCACUUUCUCAUUUUCUCUCUUGGGAACAAAAAAAAACCGCCCGAAAAAAACAAUGUUUUUUUGAUGUUUUAAAAAUAGCUCGUGCAAUUCGAACAUUUUUUGGGGGAACGAAAAAAAUUUUUUUUAAGUGAAUAAAACAAGUUCACACGGUUCUUGAGUUACUUAGUUGUUUCACGCGAGUGGCUAGAAAUUGAUAUUUUGAAACAAAAGAAGUCUGGGGUCAAAAAAUAAGGGAUUAUUAACAGCUCCCUUUAAAUUCCGGCUACAGUAUACCAUGUUUUAUAGAGUACUGUAGAUUGUUGCGAGACCUUGAAAUAGGGAUACUAUUAAUAAUUUCUAGCGCGAAUGUAGAUCGAAAAUUCCGCAGAGCGGGUGUAUGUCCCAUUGAGUCUAGAUACAGUAUCUCAUGUUCCUUCAAAUUCCACGUGGCAGGGAUGUUAAAAAUGCUAUUUUUAGCGCAAAAAUUUGAACCACGUCAUCACAUUUGUAUUGUUGGCUCUCAAAAAACUGACCACUCCAACUCUGUUCAUUUUUUCGUUGGAUUUUUCCCAAGGGAACACAUAAUUCUUUCUUUUUUUUCGCUCUGAAAACAACAACACCAUCCAUUUUUUGCCGACUUUAGAAAUUAGAAAUCAUGGGGAUUUUUAUUGGGAAAAUUGGAAACAAAAAACAAAAUGCUGGAGAAAAACAAGAUAGAUUUUAUAAUUGAGUUACAAGAAGAUAAACAGUGUUUUUUGGCGUCAAAAUAAUUGGAGGGAUUUUUGGUGUGGGAAUUUGAGGGGCGCCAAAAAUGACUUGAUAGAUUGAAAUUUAUAUUGUAGCUGAACUUAAAGGAACAUACCCCUCGAAGAUUGAAAACAGUUACAGUUCUUUUUAGGAACAGUGUAUGUUUCUUUAAAUUCAACUACAGUAUCGUGAUGCCACGUGGAAAUAUGUAUUUUCAAAAAUUUCAGAAAUCUUUUUUUCGAUCAUCAAUCAUUUUUUUCGUUCCAAAAAUAACAGAAUUUUUAAUUUUCUGCCAAAAUUUUUUGGAAAAAUAACUCAAUUUUCUUUGAAUUAGUCAAAAAAAAAGUUUGAAGAGCACUUGGAAAAUUUGAAAUUAAGUGCAACACAGCAAAAAGGGAUUUGGCUAAAAAUAGAAUUUGUAUUUUCAGAAUUACACGCAAAAUAAUAAUGGAACACAUCGACGUGGAAGUUCGAGUGAACAAAUUGAUCAAAGAAUUCCAUUGUUAUCAAUGGUUGCAAUGCCACCAAUUCCAUUUAAACCGAGAAAAGUUUGGGGAUUUUUCAGGCCUGCGCAGGUUAGUUAAGGAAUUUGAAUUAAUGAAUUGCUCAGAUUAAGACGAUCAUUUUGACACUUUAAAAAACUCUGAAAUAAUUUCUAUCAAAAAUCAUAAGUUGCAAAAGUACAUUCAAAGUUCACAUAAAAAUCCCACCAAAAAUGUCAAACCUCUCUUAUAUAUUUUUUUUCCAGGUCGAUUUAUUCUCACGAUUUGCAUUUCCAAUCUUUUUUGUCAUAUUUCAUAUCAUUUAUUGGACCUAUUAUAUCAAUCAAUAA